AUGGGCUUCACGGGCAUCGCCGUCGGCACUCUCAUGGGCAUCUCCACCAAAAUUGGUAGCAACGUGCUGCAGAAGGUCCCUUAUAUGCGCCAACCGUGGGAAUAUUUGAUGUUUAUGGGCGUAGGUGCUGGACUAGGCAGCUACUUGCAGAAUAAAUACCAUCGAGAUCUAAAGGAGGUGGAGGAGCUGCGACUGUAUCUGGAACGUCGCCCGGACGUUAACAAGAAGGCAUAA